AUGGCCACUAUGCCCAAAGUCAUCAGUCGCGGUGCCGAACCGCACUUGCACACUCGCCCUCACAUCCUUUCCGACAGCAUCGUUCCUGUCCCCUCGGCUCCACUCAAGGACAGUAAUGUGGCCGCCUACGAGCCCCUAGUCUCCCCCGCCCUGCUGAUUCACGAGUUCCCUCUGACCCCUGCCUCGCGCCGCACCAUCGAGUCAACCCGACAGGGGGCAGCGCGCAUCAUCCAGCGCGAUGGUGACGACCGGCUCGUGGUUAUCGUGGGGCCGUGCUCCAUCCACGAUGCGGAUGUGGCGCGCGAGUACGCCCAGCGUCUGCAGGCCGCGAUCCAGGAACAUGGCUGGGACCGGGAUCUGCUGAUCGUCAUGCGCGCGUACCUAGAGAAGCCGCGGACGACAGUGGGCUGGAAGGGGUUCCUGUACGAUCCGAACAUUGACUCGUCGAACCAGGUGAACCGGGGACUGAAGGUCGCUCGGCAGCUCCUGCUCGAUAUCACCGCGCUGGGUCUCCCUGUUGCCUGCGAGGUCCUUGACACCAUCUCUCCCCAGUUCGUGGCGGAUCUGUACUCGUGGGGUGCGGUGGGCGCGCGCACGACCGAGUCGCAGGUGCAUCGGCAGCUGGUCUCGGGGCUGUCGUUCCCUAUCGGAUUUAAGAACGGAUCCUCGGGGAAUAUCAACAUUGCGCUAGAUGGAAUGCAGAGUGCUGCCUCUCCUCAUUCGUUCUUGGGUGUCACCGAGCAGGGUCUGGCUGCCAUCGUGCACACCAAGGGCAACCCCAAUCUGCAUGUCAUUCAUCGCGGAGGCGACAGCGGCCCCAAUUUCGACGAGGCCGCGGUAGCGUCCACUGUCAAGGCGUACCCGAAGAACCGCAAACCUAGCAUCAUGAUCGAUGCGUCGCACGGCAACAGCCAGAAGGACUACCGCAACCAGCCCAAGGUGAUUGCCGCGGUUGCGGACCAGAUCCGGGCUGGCGAGCAGGCCAUUACGGGUGUUAUGAUCGAGAGCAAUAUCAACGAAGGCAAGCAGGCCGCACCAAACUCGGAAGAAGAGGUCUCGCAGCUCAAGUAUGGUGUGUCGAUUACGGAUGGAUGUGUCAACUUUGAGACGACGGUGCAGAUGCUGGAGACCCUCAGCCAGGCUGUCAAGGAGCGACGAGCUGCAGCGUGCCAGUCAUGCGAGAAUCAGCCAACCUGCAAUGAAGACUCGCGCCGGGAAAAGUGGUAG